CUUCCGGAAAGAUUGCAGUGCAAUAUUUUACCAGAAAAUCAAUGUUUAUUUUAAAUUUAGGAGGAGACGCGCAACAAGACCAGCACAGUUUCACUGAAGAAUGUUUUCUCUAUAUGGUUUAUUUUUUUGAAAUCUCUAAAACCGCUUUUCAAUCAGUUAUUCAAUACAUAUCGACGUUUAGUUUCCAAGGCCAGGUAUCAGUUGCUUUGCUCAUUUGGCUGGUCUUAAACAUUGUCUUAACACGGAUUGCUUGGAAGUUUUACCAUAGAAAUAUCUACAAUCCUCAUAUACCAGAGUUGGUGUCCAGGUAUUCCAAACUAAACACGAAGGAAAAACCAAAAAGUAAAGCGGACUAAAAUGGCAUCAGCAAUUAAGAAAUUCUUCCAGAAGAAGAAAUUGGAUGUCAAGUUUAAGAAAGCUGGUGGAGGUCACAGGUUGGAUGAGCCUCGGCCCCAGACAGGUGCCUCGAGGUCAAGAGAGGGUCAGGGUUCACAAUCUGGUGCCAGAGGAGGUCAUGACUACCAGCGGUCACUAUCCAGUGAGCAGGCACGGGCAGCAGAGGCUGCCUUAGCUAGGAUCCAGUCACAAGGAAGCAAAGCACCAGACCCCUCGAUGGCAGCCAAGGCUCGAAUGAGGCGUGAGAUGGAGCAAGAACGAAAGAAGGUUGAGGAGGCCCAGCGUCUUGCCGCCCGAUACAGUGAGCCCACGGAGGUGGUCAAGGAUGGGGUUCCCAUGGCCACAAUUCUGUUCACGUGCCCUGACAUCGGGCCUGUUGUGCUGCCCAGGGCUGAGAUGGAAGCCCACAUCGAGGAGUUUUUGCUGGGACAACUGGCUGAGGAGCCUGAAAUGGCCUCCGCUCUCAUGAUACACACACUUAACAAGGAUAAAGAAAAGGUGAAGAUUUGUGUGGAUACACUGUGUAAAUAUCUUGAUAAUAUUAUCGCAAAUCCAGAAGAGGAAAAGUUUAGGAAAAUAAGGACUUCUAAUAAAGCAUUUAUGGAAAGAAUCUCUCCACUGCGAGGGACCGAGGAGUUCUUGCAAGCAGCAGGUUUUCUUUUGAAAACUUUGCCCUUUGAUGACAAGGAGGAUAACUUUUAUCUGAUGGAAGAGGAAAUUGCACAAGAUGCUGAACGAUUAAGUAAUGUGAAAGCUGUGUUACAAGCCGCAGAACCCAUCAAACCUAAGCUUGAUAGAGCCUUGAAAAUAUUUUUCCCAACAAGCAAAGCCACAAAUUUUACCAUUCCUGAUGAAUUUUACGCAAUAUCGCCUGAUGAGCUAAAGAAGGAAGCACAGAGAAAGCAAGAAGCUGUUGAACAAUUGGGCAUGUUAAGAACAAAGGCAAUGAGAGAGAGGGAGGAGAGACGUGAGUUGCUGAAAUACAGGUACACCCUGGUACGAGUACGCCUGCCUGAUGGUAACCUACUGCAGGGCACAUUCAAAGCUACAGAAAAAAUACCGGCACUUAAGGAAUUCAUACGAGAAAAUCUAGUUAACGAUUGGAUGCCCUUUCAUCUCUUCACCCAGACAGGAGGUAAACUGGACAGUGAUAAUAAGACAUUGGCAGAGUAUGGCCUCACACCGGCAGUGGUUGUGAACUUCCAGUGGGAUAAGACUGUACAGAAUGAGGUGGCGGCCCAGCAGGGCACCACACAGCAGGGCGCAGUUCUCAAACCUGAGAUGAUGGCACAAAUACGCCAAAUGUAGGCCUGUUAUGUUUGAAAAUGAAACUUAUAUAUGUAUAUGAUAUGUGUAAUGUUCCGCAUGAGUAUGUGAAGGAAACUGAACAAUUCUUUGCUCACUAACAAUGUGCAAUGGAACAAUUUCAAUAUAUGUGGUUGACAUUUUUGGAUCGGAUAUAAUGGGCUGAAGAACUCCCUCUUACUUAUCUGUUACCAUUUCAAAGCAAGUUUAUAUAUACCGGUACACAUGUACAAGAUAUGUGUAUUUGAUGCAUUCUAGUUGAACAGUUAUGUCCUAAGUAUUUGUUUUCUGCCAUGAUAUAUCACAUGUCUUUUAAAGUGAAAGUACUCAUCACAGCUAUGAUCUACCGGUAAUCAUUGAGAAAAUGUCAUUGGGCUACAUUGAUUACACCAUCUUAUUCAGAAUAUACAUGUUGUUAAAUUGUUCAUGCAGAUAAAUGUAGAUAUAUUCUGUCAUCCAAAUUAGACUUUGAGAUGAACAAGCCCGAAUUCUUAUACUAUGUUUGGCAUUCUUUUUUUUUAACUAGCUCUACUAUAUAAAUUCAGAAUUUGAGCAAGCCCAGAACCAAUUUUACCAGUGCAGGGCCUGUGGGCUUGUGUUAAUUUCGAUCACUGUAUAUUCAUCAUGCAUUUAGAUUUGAAGUUACUUACAUAGUUCUUGAUAGUGUCAAUACGAUAUUUGGAUUUAAUUGGAUUUUUUAAUGGAUUUUUUGACCAACUUGAUAAAUAUAAUUGAAUUGAUUGGAUGCUGAAGUUCCAGUACAUGUGACAGUUAGUAUGUGCGAAUAUUUCUGUUCAGUCUUUAUUGAUUCUUUUUUAUUACAGUUUAAUAACCUAGAACUUCUUUGAAAAUCUUCUUUAUUUAGUUUUAUUCAGUGGCAUUUUGUUAUUGUCGUUGCUUGUUGUAUAUUGGAUUUAAAAUUUGAAAAGUUU